AUAAGCAAACAAAUAUGUACAAAGUUAUAUUUAUAUAAACAGGAAACAGUUAAAAAAAGGAAAUGAGCUAGAAUUAAGAGCUUCCAGGAAAAGAUGGGGUUUUUCAGAGAGGUCAGUAGUCAAUGGAGGAGGGAGACCGUUCAGGGCUCGGGGACAGUCAGAGAAAAUGCCCGGAGCUAAGAGAGAGAGAUUUCGUUCCUGGCGCAGCUCUGGGGGUCAGCGUCUGAUACAUCUGUGACCUUCCCGCUCUAGGAACCUCUGUUAAGGGGGUAAAUUGCAAAGAAAGUGACCUCGUGCAUGGGUAGGGGGAGUUCCCUAGCCAAUGAGAUAAUCCCAGGGGAAGUCCCGCUCGGGCUGGGCGCAUUGGAUGAGAGCAAGGACAGGUAGCUCCGGCCUGGGGAGUGAGGGUGACCUUGCGCUGGCCGGCUGCUCUUCCCCGCCCCGUGGGCGUGGCCGUGGGGGCGUGGCCGUGGGGAUUAAAGGCAGGUCCGCGGAGGAGGCGGACGCUUCUUCCGCGCUCGCUCCUCGCCGCAGUGGGCGUGCUCCGUCUUCACGCACGCACUCCGGCCUCUGUCUCCUUGCUUUCCCCGGCUCUAGGUUCCGCGAUGUUGGCGCUACGCUGUGGCCCCCGCCUGCUUACCCUGGGCCUGGUCCCACAACGGAUCUCCUCGGCUCCGAAACUCGUCCGGGCCGGUGCACGCAGCAGCGCCAGUAGCUCUGACUCCGCGGCUGGAGGCGCCGCCAAGAAUCCACUCGUCUACCUGGACGUGGGAGCCGAGGAGGAGCCACUCGGCCGAGUGGUGCUGGAGCUCAAAGCAGAUGUGGUGCCAAAGACUGCAGAGAAUUUCAGAGCCCUCUGCACAGGUGAAAAGGGCUUCGGGUACAAGGGAUCAACUUUCCACAGAGUUAUUCCUUCAUUCAUGUGUCAGGCUGGUGACUUCACCAAUCACAAUGGCACAGGUGGGAAAUCCAUCUAUGGGAGCCGAUUUCCAGAUGAAAACUUCAUCCUGAAGCAUGUCGGGCCGGGUGUCCUAUCCAUGGCAAAUGCGGGUCCCAACACCAACGGAUCCCAGUUCUUCAUUUGCACGAUGAAGACAGACUGGCUGGAUGGAAAGCACGUCGUGUUUGGCCACGUCAAGGAAGGCAUGGACGUGGUGAAGAAGAUAGAAUCCUACGGCUCCAAGAACGGGAAGACGUCCAAGAAGAUCGUCAUCACAGACUGCGGCCAGCUGAGCUAACCGUCCGCCGCGGACGGCUUUUUGUUACUUGAACAUGUUGGUUCUAGUCUCCCCCUUUCCUGUUCUCCCCCGUUACAAAAGACUCCUUUUUUAAAGGGAUUCUUCGUGGCAUGCAUUGUGUCCAGAGAGGCCUGAAUUUGUGGCAGCAUCUGAUUUUUUUCUGACAUUGCUCUUUCAUUUUGAGCUUCUAUCUCUAGAUAUCUUUUUCCCAUCCAACUCACCAGGGCUUCCUUCUAGAACCUGAGCCUUAUGAGCCAUGCACCUAUUUAAGAGCCUUCAGGGUCUCUCUUGCUUCCGAAAAGGCAGGAUUGAGUGCAUUCAGCCUUGCUUUCAUAUGGGUGGUCACUCUUAGGGAAGUUAGCCAGGCUGGGUGCCUAUCUGCGUGCCCAUCAGCCUUAUCAACAAAGGGGAAGGUAUGGCCUGACUAAGGAGAGGAGAAAUCAAAUUUCACAAGUAUUAUUGACAAAAGGUGGCGAUAUUUUUUUCCCUCCCAGUUGGAAGAUCUAAUUAAUUUGUUUCACUAUUUAAAAACGCCUUCUCUUUUCUUGGAGAGAAGUGGGGGUACGGUUGAAAGAGCUCUGGUCUGAGAAUCUGGGACAGCUGGAUCUUGUCUUGGUUGUGUGACCUUGGGGAUGCCCCUUCCUCUCUGGGCUGUGCUUUCCUGGUGGACAGUGUCCAGAUAACCUCUCAAGGUUUCCCUUUCCCUUCUCUGAUAUCCUAGAAUUUUUUUAUGGUGGUGUAUUGGAACCUACCCAUGGUACAGCCAACAGAGGUCAUCUUUUUUCUUGAUUUUUAUCCUCCCAUCCUCCCCUCUCUGUAGCUUGCUCCUCAGCCCUGGGUUCUAGUAUAUCUGUACCCCUCUUCUCUUACACAAGGCUCCAUCUGCAGUGGACCCUCCAAGGGUCCCUUACUUGGCUGGCCAACAUCCUGACCUUGCUAAGAAGAAGAGACUUGAUUCUGAUAGUACCCCUGUUGCCUCUCAUUUCAACACUGAAGCAGGUGGAAGCCUUCUUUCUGUUUCAGGGUCCAUUUGCUCUCCUGUGCCUGACCAUAACUGGUGGGGACCAUGGAACCCGCAACAAGCCAUGGACUUGAGCCAGGCUCCCUUGGAUGUAGGAAACUGUGAAGUCAAAAAAUACUUCUGCUGUUCUUGAGACUUGCUCCACGUGGUAGAAGUGGGUUUUUGUAAACAAAUAUAGAGAAUUAAGCUGUGAGCAAUAUUGGUCCACUCUGAAUUUAUGUGUCUGGGUGGAAAGUCACCAAUAACUUGAAAACAUGUCUUAGGAAAGGCUUAUUGGUGGGGACUGGUGCUCCAUUGAUGCUAGAGGACACAAUUGACCUCUGUAUAGGUAGAUAACCUAGUUUCUAUUAAAAAAAUGUGCUGAGAUUAUUUGAAGCUGACUUAGUUUAUAAAAUCUUUUUUUAAACACUUGAUUGUCUGAUUUUAAUAAAAUGCAAAAAUAAAUCCU